GAAUCCGGAUCGGCGAAUCCGGAUUAGCAGUGCCGUUUCCAUGACCGAUCCCGCCCGAAACGGGAUUCGCAGUGGGAUUGGCCGAUCCGGAUCGGCUUCUCUAAUCCGGGAUUAGCAUACACAACUGGCGCGGCUGCGACAUUUCCCUUCAUGGUCUUUUCGCAUAGGUCAACACACAAACGGGCUUCACUACUGUGUUGUGUUGCGGCGGUGGUGUAAUUUUGUUUUUUUUUUUAAAUUCCAUUAUUUCGACGAGUGAGUCAUGGAUCAGGAAGACACAGCGUUGGGAGUUGCCUUACUGCUGACUCUGCUAGCCUUGGCCAACUACAGGGUGCACCGUGCAAACGUUACCAGGCACAUACAAGCUAUGCAUCGGCUUAGAGUGAUAAGGCGACAACUUGUAAAAAAUAUUGACAUGAAAAGGAAGAUAAUCAAUGCAGCAGCAAUGGCGCUCACAUCAUCCCAGUCUAAGCGUCGAAGGCAGCCGAGAAUGUGGAAGAAGCCACGCCUUAGUUUGUGGUUUGAAACUGAAGUCAUGGGAUGGUGGGAAGAGGAUCGAUGGCUGACCAAUUUUCGAAUGAAGAAGGCUUCUUUCCAGAAGCUCUGUUAUCUUCUUAAAGGCCACAUGACACCUCAGAUUAACUAUGUGCGUGAGCCCAUAUCCCUUGAAGUACGUGUUGCAAUGAGCUUGUACAACCUGGCCAGCUGCGGAGAAUAUAGGGUGACUGCCAACCAGUUUGGUCACCAUAAAACCUCGGUUCACAGACACCUGCGCAAGUUUUUCAAGGCUGUGACCUCCAGCAUGGGUGACUACAUCACCAUGCCAGGUGCAGAUGAAGCCAAAGAAAUUGCUGCCCGGUGGCAGAACAAGUUUGCAUUCCCACAGGUGUUUGGUGCCAUUGACGGCACACAUAUACCAAUUACAGCACCUAUGGAUGGUAGCAGAGACUUCAUAAAUAGAAAAGGAUGGGCAUCUGUCAUCCUGCAGGCAGUUUGCGAUGACAAAUAUUGUUUUCGGAGCAUUAACUGCGGAGCACCUGGUAGCUGGCACGACGCUGCCGUGCUGCGCGACUCCACGCUCUUCAGGGACUGCGGCCGCAUUCCAAAGGAACCCGUCUGCAUCGAAGACACUUCAGUCAACCUGCUGAUUGUCGGCGACCCCGCAUAUCCAUUACUGCCGUGGCUUAUGAAGGGCUACCCAUACCAUGGAAUAGCAGCCGCCAACACGGCUGAGCGGGAGUCUUUCAAUGUUUACAUGAACUCUGGACGCAUGCUGAUCGAAGGCGCAUUCGGCCGUUUGAAAGGUCGGUGGAGAAAGCUGCUUAAGCGCAACGAGCUCGAUCUAGGCCAAAUCAAAUUAUUGAUUGCCACAUGUUGUAUCCUCCAUAAUUUCUGUGAAUCUCAAGGAGAGCAGUUCUAUGACACGUGGCUUCCGGAUGCCGAGACUGCCCGGGCCUUUCCUCAGCCACCAUUGCAACCGCACAGGGGAACAACGGAUAGCACUGCAUCUCAAAUGCGAGACGCCAUUUGCUCUUACUUGGCCAAGCAUCAUCCGCUGAGAACGCAAACGCAUGCCUAGCCCGUCGUAGGAAUGCCCAUUAUGUGACUGUCCAUUUGCAUGCGUGUGGCAAUUCCUUGCGUUUGUUUGGCAGCAUUGUUGAAAUAUAUGUACCUACAUGGGAUAAUUUUCUUUUACGAACUUUGCGCACCAGCGACGAAGACAUCGUAUAGGUCUACCGACAUACUAGUCGCUUUCAAAAGUGAGGUAUCUUGUUGAACGGCAUAUAAGAUAGGGAGUUUGAGCAGGUUCUGUGUUGGUGUUCUGCGGCUCGGCGGCAGCUCAAGGACGAAUGCCCCGCAUCCCGAGCAGAUCCUAGAUAGGCCGCGAGGGCUGGGAGACAUCAAUUCUGUUCGAUCGCGUUCCAUCACUCAUCAACGAAAAGACGUGUGACUGGUAUAAUAACGUGUUUUCCUCGUAAUUGUGUACACACAUACGCGUGCUAAGCAUGUA